CGUUCUCAAGAUGGAAAGCCCAUCCGACCCAGCCGUGAUUUCACCUAGCACUCCGCGGGCCUGUGCCAGUCCACCAUCUCCCCGCCCAAGUAGUUCAAGAAAACAAGUAUGCAUAUCCGAGUCCUUGCAUGGGAGCUAUUCUUUAUUUCUAGGUAUUGUGCCAGCAGUGGGUUUAAUUCUACUGAAGACUGUUAACGUAAUGUGUAGAUCAAUAAGUAGAUAUUUUAUGGACUAUUAAAUAAUUUUAGGCCUUUCUCCUAUGAUAAUGAGUUUGAACUACCCCCACCAUUUUCAUCUGGUAUCAAUUAUGUUCAUUUAGUUUCAGAUCAGGUUACUACAAAAUUCCAGACUGAGCAAGUUUGAAUCUGCAGUAUUCUGAAGGUCUUUGGUGGCAGGGAUCUAGGUCUUCCCCUUAAUUUGUAACUCUAAGGCACCCAGAAGUGUCAGGAGUGUGACAGUUGCUGAACAGAUGCUUGGGAUGACUGGGCCGAUGAGUGCAACACUUAGAGAACGACUAAGGAAAACUAGAUUUUCAUUUAAUUCCUGUUAUAGUGCGGUAAAACGUCUUAAAGUAGAGAAUGAAGAAAACGAUCAGACUUUUCCCGAGGAACCUUCAAUAGAGGAAAACUGUUUGGAUUUUCAAGAAAAUUUUAAACACAUAGACAGUCAAUUCAAAGAAAGUACAUGUUUGAAAAAUACCUUCAAGAGUAUCAGUGCUUGUGAAUCUAAAUCUCUUGAUACUGAGUCACGCAGUGAUCUCCAGAGUGACUUUGUGAAUGAGGAUCUUUCCAAACAAGGAUUAAGUGAAGAAAGAGCAAAAUUGGUGAAGCAGAUUGAGGAGAAAGAAGAUCUUCUUCGGAGGCUAAAACUGGUCAAAAUGUAUAGAUCAAAGAAUGACCUGUCUCAGUUACAGUUGUUAAUACAGAAGUGGAGAAGCUGUAGCCAGCUGUUGCUUUAUGAGUUGCAGUCAGCUAUGUCUGAGGAAAACAAGAAACUCAGCCUUACUCAGUUGAUAGACCACUGUGGGUUAGAUGAUAAACUGCUACACUACAACAGAAAUGAAGAAGAAUUUAUGGGUGUUUAAUUCAUAUUUUUUUUCUCUGGAAUAUUUUUGAGAAUGACAAAUUUACUUAAUACAUCUUAAAAGGAAGGUAGAAACCAUUAGGGCUUAGAGAAAGGUGUCUUGAUGAAUGUCAAUUUAGGGCACUCUGCAAUGUAAAGUAAGUUCUAAAAUGAAAAUAUAGUAUUUUGAAUAAAUUUGCCAGAGAAAACUUGACAUUUAAAGAAAUGUGAAAAAAAAAUUAAAUCAUGUUUACAAAGUAAUUGGGUCAUUUCUGGAGGUCAAUUUUAAUACGUUUUGUUUAUUGUGGUAAAAAAAAGUUUUAGAGUUUUAUUUUAAAUGUUAAAAAUUAGUUCAGUCUGGUGAAUGUCUAAACCUAAAGUUGUCUAAAAAUGCUGGCCUGUCUCCUCUAAGUUUAUGGCCCUUGUUUCUAUCCAUUUACCCCACAUUUCCAUCUGAAUGGUGUAGCAGGUAAUUAAACUUAUUUAUAUGUCCAAAAUUUCUAUUCUUCCCUGUCUCUUCAAAUUUAUUGUAUUCAUUUCAUUUAGUGAAAUGGCCAUCUCUCUCUUAAAAACAACAUAU